AUGUUGUCCGCCGCACAAGACACCAACCGCCGACGUGUGCAUAUGCACCCUACAGCCACUACUGGUAUAUCCCUUAAUUCACAACAUACGCCUAUCUCACGAUGCAACCCUAUGUCCAGGAUGCCGUAUCAAAGACAGCAAGGAGCCACGGAGCAAGCCAUGCGAGCACCAAACCAGGAUUUACAACAUAUCUGGAUCAUCACAGGCCCUGCAGGCUGUGGGAAAACGACUGUUGCCAAAAGUUUAAGUAAGAAGCUGCAGGUGGAAUAUAUUGAAGGUGACGAUUACCACCCAGAAAGCAACAAGCAGAAAAUGAGAAACAACAUACCCUUGGAUGACGGUGACCGCUGGGACUGGCUAAUCGCUCUUCGUGAUGCUGCUAUAGAGUCUCUUCAAACACGCUCAGCCGUCGUGGUGACAUGUUCCGCCUUGAAGAAGAAGUACCGUGACGUCAUCCGUGUUGCCGCUUAUAACCACCCGAUGGUUCAAAUCCACUUCAUCUAUUUAGACGCCGAAGAAGACGUUCUUGUCCAGCGCGUUACAGCGAGGAAGGGCCAUUACAUGCCGCCUACCAUGGUCCAUUCGCAGUUCCAAGCGCUGGAGAAACCGGUUCCGGGGUCAGAAGGGGAUGCGAUCACUGUUUCGUGCGACGCCAAACCGAGUGUGGUGCAGGAUCGUGUAAAUCGCGAGGUGAAUCGAAUCAUGGAGCAGAGGACAAAAUAG